CAGAAGGUUCAGAGAACUUGGUAAAGAAAGUUGUAACACCCUACUUUGAUUUUCGGCUUUUGGAAGCAGUCCCAUUUGGGUGGAAGCAAUGAUGAGUCAGUUUGUGGGUCAUCCCUAAAAGCACUGUUACUCUAUAAAACUUGGGUUCAGGAGGGUGUUUGUAGAAGGAGGUGGGCAGAGAACACGGCAAAGGCAGCAUAGAGCUGAGGAAAGCCAGCGGAAAUGAAGAGUCUCUUGGUCCUGGUCCCGCUAUGGCUGUGUGGAGCAGUUUGCUCAGCCUACCCUCUGUAUGGUGGUAGUGCAAGGGAGGAGGACACCGGUAUGGAGCUUCUUCAGAAAUACUUAGAAAACUACUACGGCCUUGCAAAAGAUGUGAAGCAGUUCACUGAGAAAAAGAACAAUAGUCCUGUUGUCAAAAAAAUCCAAGAAAUGCAGAAGUUCCUCGGGCUGGAGAUGAUAGGGAGGCUGGACUCCAGCACUAUGGAUGUGAUGCUCAAGCCCAGGUGUGGCGUCCCCGAUGUCGGUGAUUUCAGCACCUUUCCAGGUUCACCAAAGUGGAGGGAAACCCACCUCACCUAUAGGAUUGUGAAUUAUACACCAGAUUUACCGAAAGAGAGUGUGGACUCUGCCAUUGAGAAAGCACUGAAAGUCUGGGAAGAGGUGACCCCACUCACGUUCUCCAAGCGCUCUGAAGGAGAGGCUGACAUAAUGAUCUCCUUUGCAGCUGGAGGUACCAACUUAUUCCUGGUUGCUGCUCAUGAACUUGGCCACUCACUGGGCCUCUUUCACUCAGCCAAGCCUGAAGCAUUGAUGUACCCAGUCUACAAGUCCUCCGGAGACCUGGCCCGCUUCCGUCUCUCUCAAGAUGAUGUGGAUGGCAUUCAGUCCCUCUACGGACCUCCCCCAGCAUCCCCUGAUGUCCCCGUGGUACCCACCAAACCUAACUCUCUGGAACCUGAAUCAUCGCUGAUGUGCAGUCCUGCUUUGUCCUUUGAUGCAGUCAGCACCCUUCGGGGAGAAUUCUUGUUUUUUAAAGACAGGCAUUUUUGGCGAAAAUCUUUGAGGACCCCUGAGGCUGGCUUUUAUUUGAUUUCUUCAUUUUGGCCCUCCCUCCCUUCCAGCAUGGAUGCCGCAUAUGAGGUUACUAACAGAGACACUGUUUUCAUAUUUAAAGGGGAUCAGUUCUGGGCUGUCCGAGGGCACGAGGAGCAAGCAGGCUACCCUAAAAGCAUCCACACUUUGGGUCUCCCUGCAACUGUUGGGAAGAUUGAUGCCGCCGUUUCUGACAAGGAGAAGAAGAAGACGUACUUCUUUGUAGAGGACAAAUACUGGAGAUUUGACGAGAAGAAACAAUCCAUGGAGCCCGGAUAUCCCAGGAAGAUAGCUGCAGACUUCCCAGGCGUGGACUCGAAGCUUUGA